GCGGAUUAGAGGAGUUCGUGCGUAAAACUAUUCGGAGUUAAACAGAAUAUUAUAUGUACAAAGUACUGAUACUAGAGUUGCCAAAGAAGCCAUCACUGUCAGUGACAUCCAAGAAUCGGUAAAGUUAAUGACACCGACAGAAUAUGGCUGACAGUGCCUCUGGAGUGAGUGUAACAGAUAUUCCAGAUCCGGGGGAUACUGCAGAAAAGGACUUGCAGAGAAUUCUGGAAGGUCAGCAUGUUCCGGUCAAUCACAUUGCCGUGGGGCUGGACCGGAUAGGUAAUUUCAUACCUAAAACAAAGAAGACAGUGUAUUAUAUUGUGGGAGCAGUCAUUAUCAAUGAUGCAGGCCAGGUUCUGAUGAUUCAGGAAGCCAAAUACCUGUGUUAUGGACAGUGGUACCUGCCCUGUGGGAGAGUGGAACGAGAAGAAAGCCUUGUGGAGGCUUGUAAAAGAGAGGUGGAGGAAGAGGCGGGGCUGACCUUUGAACCCACAACUCUGCUUUGUGUGGAGUAUGGCUCAGGAUACUGGUAUAGACUGACUUUUACUGGACGCAUUACAGGGGGCAAACUGAAGACACUGGAUCAAAAAGACAAGGAGUCAUUACAGGCAGAAUGGAUUGACCCUGUUCACAUACAGAAUAAAACACUUCCCAUCAGGGCUAAAGAUAUUCUGUCCUUAAUCCAGCUGGGCUACAAGCACUGGGAGAAAACUGCCUCACAGAGACACCAGCCCUGUCUCCCUCUGUCCCACAGACACAAGCACAUCAUCAACAGACCACUGAUAGUGCAGAAAAUGUCCGACAAUGAGAUCUAUGUGUUGAUGAGUUCAGAGGGUGGAUCACACUUUCCCUGUGGUGUAGAUUUCAGUAGAACACCAUCUGCACUUUUGACAGCCUACUUCAUUCUCAAGGAGGCCAUGGGCAAGGUGAAACUACGACCCAGGAUCUGUGGCCUGAUGGGUAUAGAACAUGGAGGCGAGCCCGGGUGUAAGGAGGAUGGGAUUUGCUUCACCACCCUUGUGUCUCUGGACGCCCCAGAUCUCCCCGUCAUCCAAAAUCCUGUAUACAAAUGGAUGCAAGUCAAAGACCAAACUCUCAUUCACAAUAUUUGUUUCCUGUUUGAAAAGGGAAAGAUUGUGCCCUUUAUUGAUUUAAGUGUUAGGAAGACUUAGGUGUUUGUACUUGGACUUUUAGUUAUGUACUGGAGAUUAGUAAUGGGAUCUUAUACACCAGGUUAUCGUUUUGAAGUGAACAAUUACAGGCUUUCAAGAAACUGUUAUGAAAAAUGUAGGUCCUGCAGGACAUGUACCUGUUGUUAUUUUUGUGAUGAUCUAGUUUGUUUUUGGGAUACAGAAGAUCAGAACUACAACAAAUUACCAUGUAGUGUUUUCCUCCUUUGAUAUACAGUGCUCGUUUGUAACUUGCAAUAAAAAACAGUAAUAGUGUAUGUUACACAAAAAUUAUAGGCUGUUCUAAAAUUUUGGAAAACUCCUUGGAUUAAAGAGAGGAUAAAAUUUUUAGAUAUGAACAUCAGGAUACCAAUCUAUUUUUGAUUUUUGUUAUUGGUAUCAAAAUUUCAUAUUGCUUUUUUUUUUUUUGCGGGUGUAAAAUUUGGCGGUCUUCUAGCUUAUGGGUAUGCAAAGAAUAUAUUUUGGUAGACGUGCACGUUAUCAAACUUGAAAAUUGAUCAACAUUGUAAUGUCAAUAAUUUAUUGUCAGGCACAACUGACAUAAAAACACUUUAGUUUAUUUUAACACCCCCCCCCCUCCCUCCCACCUCAAGCUGAAGAGUACUACAUGAAUGUAAACAACUGCUAUACAGAGUUAUCUUUCUUGCAAAAAUUUAGCUAUUAGAAAUGUAGCAGCAUGAUACGGAACUGCUAAAAUAAAGCCUAAUUUAUCUUCCUGCUAAAAUAAAGCCUAAUUUAUCUUCCUGCUAAAAUAAAGCCUAAUUUAUCUUCCUGCUAAAAUAAAGCCUAAUUUAUUUUCCUGCUAAAAUAAAGCCAAAUUUAUCUUCCUGCUAAAAAAAAAAAAACGCAGUAUGGUAGAGUGACCCAAAAUAUUAAAGAGAAUCAUUUUUUGGUCAUUUCCCUUGCCUUUAAGUCUUCCUUCUGACAGUAAACCUAAAUUUAUAUUGGGCUAUAUUUGAAAUAAGAUACAUUCAAACUUCAUUAUCACUAACUCUGUGGGGCCAGAUAAAAACUUUUAGAUAUCUUAGGGUUCAUGGUAUUGAAGUUGCAAUACAUAAAGAAAAUAUAGGUAGGAUGUCCAACUCACUUUGACAUAGCCAUGGUAUUUGAGAUAUUGAAGUUUGAAGUUCAACUGAACUCUAAAUACAGUAUGGGAAUUUACUUGAACUUUGUUUGAAUGAAUUUCAAAGCUCUGAUAAGGAACACUAGCUUUUUAAAGUACUGCAAGGGAGGUUUGAAGCCAGUCUUUUUUUCUUUUGUUAUAUGAAAUACUUUUUGGGGAUUUGUUGUUCUACAGAAAAUUUUUUGAAUUCAUGGAUCAUAUUUUUUUAAUAUGUUUUUUUGAAAACUCUGCUUGUCAAUUUGAAACCCCCAAAAAAAAUAAUAAUGUGCUGUGCCACUGUGUUAAUGAGUGUAUUUUUAUAGAAAAUAUUUUAUAUGUUGUAAUGAGAUAUGAAAGAAUUCAUGGAGUACUAAUCAUACAGCAGAAUGUCUAUGAUGAGUUAACCUGCAAUUUUAUCUAUGUAUUCUUUUUCACCAUGUUCAAAAUCUUCAAAAGUUAUUUUUUUAUUUCAUAAAACAUAUUUAGAUGAAGAUUUUUUAUUGUGAUGACAUUGUGUUAUGGUAUAGGUUUUCCCCAUCUGUCUGUCUGUCUGCAUUAGCUUUUUCGUACCGAGGUUACAUCUUUCACAUGAGGACUACUUAACUUGGUCAGUUGAUGUUUCUUCUAGGGGGGGAGGGGGUGGUAUGUCAUAACCCAAAAUUUGCUCAGUGUAGCCUUCUCCUGGAAUUUUAUGGCUCUACCUCAGAUUGUGUCCAAAUCAAAUCUUUCACACUGAAUUCCAUGGCCCAUCAAAUUCAGUCAUCUGAAUCAUCUUGGGGGGAGGGGGGGUGUAUGAAGGUGUUUCAUGACGAAAAAGUAGGUCACGCUGGCCUCAUUUUUGAAUCGCAAUUGACAGUGUCAGAGCUUGUGACUUCGAGCAAUGCAUCAUGUACACCUGACUCCAGAUGGGCAUAUCAUGUACUAUUGCUGUGCACAUCAAUUUAACUGCAGCAUUUUUAUAGCGAUGAUUUUUUUAAAUCAGCAUUUUUACAAUCAAAAUCAAAGGAAAAGAAUUGAGUCUUCUUUUAGAAGGAUAUGAAUAUGAAAUGUAUUUUCUAAUUUGAAUCUCUACACAAAAAAUUCACUAACCUGUUUCGUUUUAGUAUCUUGUGUGCAUAUUUUCCAAUUGACCUCUAGCUGCAAAGUCAGUAAAGGCGAAUGUUGUACACCCAGUAUUAAGGUCCUCCGAAUGUCUGAGUAUAGCCUUGAUAUCAGAGAUACAAAGACAUUCAGAGGGCCUUUGUCACAGCAUAGCCAAUCUAGGCAUACAGCAUAGCCAAUGUGGGCAUGCAGCAUAGCCAGUGUGGACAUGCAGCAUAGCCACUGAUGGCACACAGCAUAGCCACUGUGGGCACACAGCAUAGCCAAUGUGGGCAUGCAGCAUAGCCACUGGGCAUGCAGCAUAGCCUAUGGGCACACAGCAUAGCUACUGUGGGCACACAGCAUAGCCACUGUGGGCAUGCAGCAUAGCCACUGUGGGCACAUAGCAUAUCCACUGUGGGCACAUAGCAUAUCCACUGUGGGCAUGCAGCAUAGCCACUGUGGGCAAUGUCAUCUGCUUUCAGGUUGAAUUACAUGUAGACCCUCAAUCAUCAUCACAAACCACACUCGUUGUCUCCAUUCACACUAGGUUCGAACUCCCGGACUCGAUAAGCAUGGCUAGUGACAAUGUCCAUCGGCCAUCCAUUCUGCCCAGUAAUGUGUCUGUAAUCUCACAUUUACCAAACUUGUUCUAUCUCCAGUUAAAUACCCGCUGUUCUUGCCCAAUGUCCACUUUAAUACUGUCAAAUGUCCACUUUAAUACUUCCCAAUGUCCACUUUAAUACGUAGAUACUGCCCAAUGUCUAUUUUAAUACUGUCCAAUGUCCACUUUAAUAUUUCCCAAUGUCCACGUUCCAGAAUUUACCGCCAUGGACAGAGAAUUUACCGAACUUGCAGAAAUGGCGGACGGAGAUCACGCUUAUAAUGAUAUAUAUAGGUGUAAUCUUACAAGGAAUGGAUUUCACUUCAGUAGUGGGGGUUUGUUUCUCAGAAAGUUUUGUAUAGUUGUAUUAAUUAUUUUCAUUUUGAUAUGUUUAAUCAUUUUCGUGGUUGAUAGACAGGAGUGGUAGAACUAACAUUUGAUUGGAUGAACUGUGAUAUUUUAUAUUGUUAUGUGUUUGAGUGAGUUGUCUUUAUUGAAUUUGUUAUUAAUUGAAUAAAAAAAAAAUAAAGUCAAA